AUGACUUAUCGAGAGCUCAGGCAGUUUACUGAGAUCGUUAGAAUUCUCGGGUACCCUCAUCCGGUAGGUAUUGAUUCUUUCGAUACACCUAACUUCGGAUUGAUGGCAAAUCUCUUACAUUGGCUUGCAACGUUGUAUGAUCCGGAAAUUGUAAUCCUCGCAGAGCUUUCAAAUGAACACGGACGUGUUGAAUUUGUCAGAGGAAUUGUUCAGCAAAUGGCUAUUAAAUCAGGUAUAAGGCUUAAUCCAAGAAAAUUAUAUGCAUCAGAUAGAUUUGCAGUUCGUGAAUUACUUAAAAUUGCUGUUCCAAUAUAUCGCGGCAUUUCAAGCUCUGGCCGCCUUGCAGAUACAAAGACAACAUCAUUCCCUAAAAACCAAAAUACCCAGAAAAUUUCUCAGCUGUCUGCAACUGUUCCUCGCCAUUCUGUUGAAUUAUACGAUCAGCUUGAUAAAGAAGUCCAGAUUCGUGAGACAAGAACCAAGAUUCUUUCCACAGUUCCUUCUCUUGAUGAAGUUGAAAAGUCAGUUCUUGAAUCAGUUGAUGGAGCUGCUGCUAGAUUAGAACAAUUAACAAAGGAGUUAGAUCGCCUUAACUCUGACGAGGAUGCCUUAAAUACAAAGAUUAAACAAAGGAAGCACGAAUAUGAGCGCCAAUCAAAGAGAUUGAUGAGUGUUCAAACAAUCCGUCCAGCUUAUAUGGAAGAAUACGAAAUGCUCGAACAGGAAUUAGGCGAAUUAUUCAAGACAUACUUCCAACAUUAUCGCAAUGUCGACUAUUUCGAGAAAGAAAUUUCAAAGCAAGCCGAGAAAGUUAAGAAGAAUAACGAAGCUUACCAGUCCCGCUACUCUAAGAAGAUUGGUAAGAGCCAAGAGGUCUUAAUUUCAGAUCUUAAGGACUCCUUCAAUCCAAACAUCCCAAUCCAAGAUUCUGGCGAUGAAGCAGAGCCUCUUCCAGCCGACGAUGGAUCCGAUGAUGCCUUUUAA